AUGUUCCCAUCGCAUGAUGAUCACCUAAUGAUGUUCCAUCAGAUGUUGGAUGAAAGACCACUAUCUAUGGGAGUGCAGCGUAUGGUUCAUGGAGGUACAGCAUCAUUCGGCCGAGAUUUCGUCUUCCGUUUGUCUCGCGAGGUAUCAGGCGCAUUUGUGAAUGCGACGGUGUCAUGUGAUAGAACAACAUACACCGUGAAUGCAGAUACCGAUGCAGGGUUUUUGGCACUAUUAUCGCCUUACCUGGAUGCCAUUUACGCCACGGAAAUGACGGCUCAGCGUUACGAUGACAUCCGGCAGAUGAUGGCCAUCGACAACGACUUCGACCGAGAGCUCGCUGGGGCCGGCUCCGGGAGCGGCUGUGGUGGGGGUGACUGGUUGUCAGCAAUAUAUCCUGGAGACUGCAUUUAUAGUCGCAAUCCUAGCCCGGAUAUUAAGAGCGCAAUGAGCAGUAGCACACGUGUGCGCGGCGGUGUUUUCGGGGAUAUUGCUUUGGAGGAUUUGCUGAACUACUAUAGAAGGUUUUAUACGUUAGGGAAUUCUACUAUUAUCGUGGGGGGCAAUGUGGACACUGAGGAAAUCCUGACUGUGAUCGAUGCUGAAGAGCAGCAUAUGUUAAAUUCCCGGUUACCAGCAGCGGCGCCGCAGGGCGCGCUUCCAGUGUCCAUUGUGCGCCCUUUACUGCUGUAUCAGGAGGCGCCGGUGUUAAUUCAACCUGAAUUGCCACCACUGCCCAAGUCUGCAGCAAGCCGAGGCAAGAAGAAGGUACUGGGGGUGAAAGGGGUGCCAUUAGUGCGCUUCCGGUCUGUUAUAGAUGAUCCACUUACGUCAGCUCCGAAGAUACCAGCCUUCCUCGUAAAAGGAGACUUGAAGGCGGUCACAACAAAGUCGUACGACGUCCACGUCAUUUUCCAAGGACCUGACUAUCUGGAUCGACCAAGAUGGGUGGCUUUUCAGCUGAUCGUGCAGCAUAUUUGUCGGACAUAUAACGAAUUGAUUGCUACUCGGCAGCAAUAUUUAAGCCAAAACGUCCAAGGGGAUCUGGUGCUGGAUUUUGACCCGUGCGACUCGGCACUGUACUCACUGAACAUGCGAAAGCGGAAAUAUCCGCUUGCAAUUUUCAGUGCCUGCGGCGUCGAAGUAGACAUGCUAGAGGAUACAGUGACUAAGCUACCCGAAUUCAUCCGAACAAUGGGCGAUGAGGAGCACCCACUUUGUGCCUCCAGUCUUGAUAACAUUGCCGUCGUCAUACAUAACGGCUGGACCUCCCACGAACAGGAGUACGUCUGCCGUGCCGAAUUCGAUUCCGUCACCAGCAUGAACAUGUGGGCCGCCUUCACCAACGACGACAAGGCCUGCUUCAAGUACUCUUCCAACCCCAUUCGGAACUUUGACCACCUGAAAAAGCAACCAUGCUCUUUCUGGAAGAACCUCUACUUCAAAUACUUCCUUCAAACAAAGCCGAUCGUUCAAGUGCUCCAUACCGAGAACCACAUACUCUCACCAACUCUCUGUGCUACCAGUACGCCACUUUCUCCCUCCUUUACCUCCCUUUAA